GUUUCUUCUGUCAGAAGAGAGAGUCAGACAGAAUGUGCGAUACAGAUGGUAAAUCCAAUGUCCCAAAUGGUGGUUCUGAUGAUCCAGAACCUGGAGAAGGAAGAGAGGAGGCAGAUACAUCUGCAGCGCCAGAGGCCCAGACCAGUCCUGAUUCAGCAAAUUUGAGUUCAGUCCCAGAGGGAAGUGAGGAUGGUCAGGACAGAGUGUUGGCAAACUCUGAGCAGAAGCAGGGACCAGGAGAAGAGGAGGACACCGACAGCAUGGAUGGCAGUGGUCUGUACUCUCUCACUGAAGAAGGAGAAGGAGAGAGUGAGGGAGGAGAGCAGAGAGAGAGGGGAAAAGAUGAAAGUAAGAGAUCCGCCAGGAAGAGGAAUCGUCCCAGUGGUGGAGCCACACGCCACUCUUCCAGUUCAGAUGACGACGAUGAAGAAGAGGAAGAGGAUGCUGAGGAAGAAGAUGAGCAAGCCAUGGAAGCGUGGCUGGGAGCAGACCUGCGGGACUUGAGUCGCCCUUCGUGGUGCGCGGUCCCGUCGCUGCGUGCCCGAGAGAUCGGCCGUGAUUCGCAUCAGUUUGUGAGGAGGGUGUGUGGGGCGCGAGGUCUAGUGCAGAGGCUGGAACUGCAGGGCCGUCUGGAGAGACACACGGGCUGC